UAGACAUAUUGGUGUCGCAGCUGAUCGACAUCAAAAUUUCCGAACGAAAUAUCAGACAUCUUCGUUUGUCAAGUAAAUAAACGGGAAUCGACGAGAAAUCAGAAAUUCACGUUUACGUUUUUUAUGUGUACUCAUGUAUUACGUAAAUAUUAAUAAUAUUGACUAAUUCGUUGCACUGUGUGUAAUUUUGUGGAGCUUUAUAUUCUAUAAGCGUCAGAAAGAGCUCUUAUUUGUUUGUGAAGUUUCAUCGUGAUGGACCAAGAAAGGCCUGAAACCAGUAGAAAUGGAAAGAGGACACGACCUUUGCUUUCAGAGCCGAGUGAGAAGAUAUCUAGGAUGUGUUCGUACUUAGACUACGCUUCCCGUGUAUCAAAACCUAGUGGUGUAUUAAAGAAUUCAAAAAAGGUGGCACCUUGUUCUGCAAAACGGCCUAAGUUACCUUAUAAUGAAAGUGAUGUUCCUCCUGCGGGUACACUUGUUCCUGACAAGCACGUUAGGAAAGCCGGCCCAUAUUUAUUGGGACCUAAAUUAGGUCCUAGUCCUGUCAAAAGUAUUGUUCAAUGCCUAGCUAGGAAGGCAAAAACUGAUGAGUUUUACCAGGUAAAAAUAUUGACAUUAAGAAAUGACGAUCAACCAGAGACCCAGGAUGAUAGACAGGGAAAAAUGCUCCUGCAUACAGAGUAUUCAUUAUUGUCACUAUUGAAAGACCAGGAAGGUGUUAUACAUCAUCAUGGCUUAUUUAAGGAAUAUGCACUAGAAGAAGUACCAAAUCCGAAUGGUCCAGGUUUCAUAUACACCGGAAAAGUCAGACAGAGGCUAUUCUUAGUUUUGGACUGCGUAACACCUCACCAGUUCAGUGAGAAAGGUAGCGAACUGAUAAACUUACAGCAAUAUGUUACUAAAGUUAGAAAAGUCCCCGAAAAAGAAGCAGUUCUGAUAUUCUACGAUAUUGUUAGAGUUGUCGCCAACCUUCAUAAGAGGAACAUUGUCCACCGAGAUUUAAAACUCGGCAACAUAGUGUUAAAUCAAAGGACUGGACGGAUAAUAAUAACAAACUUCUGUUUAGGAACUCAUCUCGGUAGUGACAGAGAUCUGUUGAAAGAUCAGAGAGGUUCGCCAGCCUAUAUAUCACCUGACGUUCUAAUGUGCAAGCCGUAUCUGGGCAAACCGUCGGACAUGUGGGCACUGGGCGUCGUGCUCUACACUAUGUUGUACGGACAGUUUCCUUUCUGCGACACGAGCCUAGCUCAAUUAUUCAGUAGGAUACAGGCCGCCAACUAUAAUAUACCACCAAAUGGCAAUUCGGUACAAGUAUCACACAACACUGUAUUUUUAAUACAGAGGCUCCUAGUGAAAGAUCCUAAGCACAGAAUGGUUGCAGAUGAAGUCCUCGAUCAGCUUUCGAGCAUCAUAGCGAGUUACGUUACGAUCUCCAACCCGCCCGAGGAUCUGCAAGUGGUGCCGGAUAUUCCACUAGACGAGGAGACUAAAGAAAAAAGUAGUCAGUCGAUCGAACUAGAGAAGAAACCAUUCCUGACUGUACCGGAAAAAGGAGGCGAACGGACGCCCACUUCUGGUGACGAACUCGGCGUAUAUUGCGUCCCGCUGCCGGACUUCCUGGCCUUGAACUUCCCGUCGCCGACGCGCGUUCAGCAGAACAGUAUCCUCAUACAUCCCACAGUCGAGGCGCCGCAACAGAGGCAGAUAACGGUCCAGAGGAUAGGCAGGGACGCCAGGCCGCUCCUGCCCUGCGAGAUAGCCCGGUACCAGCACAUGUUCGCUCCGAACCAGAGGAGGGAGACCCCCGCCCCGGAGUCCAGGCCGGACAACCCGAGGCCUCCGACGGCGGAAAAUUCCAGACUGAGGCACUUAGCUCAGCGGAUCCCCCGGCUCAACGCGGCCUCGCACUCCGCCGACCUCCGGGUCGUGCCGUGGUCCGACGCUUCGAGAAACAGGAGCUGGGAUCCGGAUUACUUCCCGCGCUCGCAGGUUCCAGAACAUUCUAGAGUCCAAGCGAACGAAACCGGUAGCGUAUCUAGACAAGAAGAUGAAUAUUAAUUUGAGCGUUGCGUAUUUCUCUGUCGUUUUGCUGCCAGAUUAGUUUUUUUUUUAAUGAUGACCUCUUUUUGGCGGGAACGCGAGGAGUGAAGUUGUGUGAUAUGUUUUAUUUUGUCUAUUUAGUGUUUCUUCAGGUUUAAAUGUGUAAUAACGGUGGUUUAUUAACUGUUCAAUAUCUGUGAAAGUGCACAAAUGUGGGAAAAUGAAACAAAGCCGCUGGACGUAACUUCUCUGGAUCCUCAAAAAAGUCCACUGAAAAAGUCUCAGUGAAUGACCACUAUUUUACUGAGAUUAUAUAUUUAAUGAUGAUGAUUUUGUUAUUUCAAGUGUUCGAUGCGAGUCUUGUAUAUUGUGAACUUAACACAGGGCUAUAAUUUUUUUUAUUAUCCUUUUAGGCAGACGAGCAUACGGCCCACCUAAUGGUGAGUGGUUACCGUCGCCCAUGGACUUGAGCAAUGCUAGGAGCAGAGCCAAGCCGCUGCCUACCGAAAUGAUAUGUAAAUUAUAAUUGUUAUGUUUUUCAUUAUUUUUAAAUCAUACGUGCUGUAAGGGAACCAUGUCGACUGGUGGCAGGGCUUGUUGUGAGUCGGCACGGGUAGGUACUACCACCCUGCCCAUAUCAGGCAGGAAGCAUGAGUUUCGCCUUGAAGAGUGGUACAGCUGAUGUACUGAUUGUUGAUGUCUACGGGUAAACCUUUAACAUCAGGUGGGCGGAGUGGUCGUCUAUCCAUCUAUGCUAUAAUAAUAAUAAAAGUCCAAACUGUCGUAAAUUAUUUUACCCUUUAAACGGGAUUAAUAUAUAUAAAAAAAAACCCAGAAAGUUCUACCAUUUAUCAACCCUAAGAUUUUCUCCUGCAUUUUUGGUAUCGCUUAAAUAGAAGAGUAUGCGUAGUCCCCUUACUGCGAAUUGGGUUGUGAGAUCAUUAACCCGAAUAAGCAAUCGAAUAUUAUGGAUACUAAAAUUAUAAACUUGAAUAUUUGUAUUAAAUCACGCAAAAUUUGCUGAAAGGACCAGAAUGAGCUUUCGUAUAAUAAUAAAAUAGUAUAAAUAUAUCGACGGGAAAAAGCGGUAAUGUCGUAACUUGCAUUAUGGCUAAAUCACUUUUUACCAUGUUACCAAUUUUCAACUUUCUAUCGCUAUAAAUAUUAUAUACUUAAUAUGAGUUAUGAACUUUGGUGUAAAGUUGGGUUUUUCAAGUGACGACAAUUUCGCUUUUUUUCGUCGAUAUAAUGUCCAAGGAUGGUAGACUUAAUUAAAAUUACUGUUACGUUUUAAUCUCGAUUUUUUUGUUUUUUUUUUGUUAUAUAAUAUUAUCCGAAAAAUUCUAAUACAGUUUUCGUGGUCGGUUAAUGUUAAAUGAAUUACAGAAGCAAAUAAUUUAAUGACAGUAAAAAAGGCGGGAUGUCAUUUUGAUUUUUUAAUUUAGUGUUGAAUCGAACUCUGGCAUUGGUUCCCUUGCAGCCGAUAGAUAUUUAACGUAAACUUCGUUCUCGAGUACUUACUGUUAGCAAACCUACCAGUGUAAUAACCAGUGGUCGGAGUAGGUAGAUUGAUUUUAUAUAAUUGCGUCAAGAUAUGGGAUAUAUAAUAUGGACAUGCCAUUUUAUCCAUAAUAUUAUAUUUUUAAAUUGAAAAAAAAAUUUUUUUUUAAUUGUCAUUGGAUACUAUUUCUAUAUUUAUGAGAUAAAGUAACAAAAAUCCCUGUCUAAGUUUUGUCUCAUACUGACAAGCGUCAUUUCUAAUUCAACAGAAAGGGACAAAAUACUGUGUAGUAUAUAACCAUUCCAAGGUGUUUUUGUAUAAAAUAAAAUACUGAUUUCUUUCACCAUUAGAUAGCACUGGUAGCGUAGAUUAAUAUUAUUAAUACGUUUUUCACCUUAAACAAAGAUUCAUGCUAAUUUCAAAAUUCCGGAACAAAUAUCACAAUAAAUAUGAAGUUCCAGUAUUUUGGAGGCGUAUCCAUAUUAUCCUCUACGUUUGACGCCAACGACCUUAAAUCAAUCUACCUACUCCGACCUCUAGUAAUAACACAGUUGAGUAUUCUUGGCGGUCGACUUAGUUCUUUUCAGCCGGCUUAGAUAAAUAAAUAUUUUAUUAUAUAGAACAGUGAUCACUUAGAGAUAAGUGUAAAUAUAAUCAAAUUGGUUUUUGUUUCGUAAAUUUCGGGACUAACGAAAUAUUUGUUAAAUACUGAACUGCCAUUAAUGAAUUGAAUGUAUAUUUAUAUUGUUUAAUAAUAAACUGGCUGGUUUUGUAUCUGUGUAAUACUAGAUAGUGCUAAUAUUUUUGUACUAUAUAUUUUUGUUCCAUAUAUACUUAUGUAGUCACUAUCGAACUUAAGGCCAAUUGUAAUUAUUAUUUGAAUAAUUUUAGAUAAAAUAAUAAAUGUUAAUUCGUGAACAA